AAGCGCCCUCACAAUAUGUGUGUAGGCCUACAUUCUGCAUGCAGUUCGUACUGUGAACAACAGCACCCAGUUGACAGAAGGUCCCCAUAACAUGUAAUGUGAGUUGCUGUACAAUGGAAUUGCCCUAGCUAAUGAUGAAUUGUAACAUAGUCGCCUUGUACAUACUGCAGAUUGCAAGUUCCACUACCCUAAACCCAGAAUGAGGAAAAUACAACCAAAAGCUCUAAAGAUUCCUAACUUGGAGAUUGUGUUUUGAAAGUCACUCCAACUUAAAAUUCAACUACAGGGUCUCCCCCCUGCUACCGUACAUCAUGUCUUUCCUGAUCAAGAAGUUUAGUGACUUCCUGGGUAUAUCAGACCCCGAGUACAUCAGAGCACCCCCUCUAGAUGGUGAGAUCAUCUACUGCAAGAACAACGUCUGUGUUCACCCGCCAUCCAGCCUGGCCAGGACGGCUGAACACUACCCAGGAUACCUGACCCUGAGGUCCCAGGGAAAUGGGCAUGUGACAUCCUCCUUGAUCCUAACAUGGAUACCAAAUUCCUCACUGGACAAGCACCAGCGGAUGUCACCCAAGACCCCUCCAGAGAUAUUGUCAGUCAGAGAUAAGGGGGAUGGAAGUUCAAAACCAUGCACUGCUCCAUCAGAUUCAGUUGCCCAAGAAGAUGUUGAUACAGGAAUGUCUGGUGAAGGUAAUGCUUCUGAGCUGGCUCUCUGUCGUGGUGACACUGGGAGACAAAGUCCAACCGGGAUGGCCAAUAAUUAUCAGCACGAAGGCAUGGAAAGCAACAGGUCACUAGAAACUGGGUUCUGCCCUGCAGAGCAAAAUGGCUGUGUGCCUGAAGAAUUGGAAGAAAAGGAAAGAGAGGAAGAUGCCAAUGAGCAAGAUGCCAGUGAGCAAGAUGCCAGUGGGCUGAACUCAAGCCCCGUCUCUCCUCAGAGGGAAGAUGUGAUGGAAAGACCCAGUGAUGCCAGCCCGUCCUCUGAAAGUGAUAGCUUCUCAACAGAUGCUCAGCUGGCUCACUUGCUUCGGGACAAAAAUCAUAGCCCAAAGGAAAAGUCCUACACUCACAUGAAUUUGGAGAGGCCCAAGGACUUGAUGGUCAGCCCCUCGGAUGCCAUGACCAACAACUCCAACAAUAAAGCCAAAGAGGAGAGCCUGAGCUCAGCUUCCUCCAACCCCAGCUCUUUGCCCUCACCUCUUCGCAGCCUGAUGCAGGAUCAGAUGAUCAGGGAUAUGCAGGACCCCUCAGACCUGGACUUGAAGGACCUCAGAUCUUCUGUCUCCUCCUCCACCACCCCGACCACCUCCAACCCAGAUCCUGGCUCCUUGCCGUCCAGCCCUGGGAGUGAACCAUUCGACCCGUUCAUCCCACUCUACAACCAGAACACCCCACCGUCACUAAUGUCUCCUGCCAGCCCCCUAGUCAGCCACAAUCUCACCUUCCCAGAGAACUCCAUUGAGUAUACUUCGGCAGGAUCCAAAUCUCCACACAUGACUCCUAAGGAGCAGCUCUGUGGUGUCUUCUCAGUUGACCUGAGCCAUAUGCGGUCAUUGCGGGUCUUCUUCAGCAGUGAGAACAGCACCAGUGGUCAGCUGGUCAUUGCGAGCCCAGAGAGUCAGUAUAAAAUUCUCCACUUCCACCAUGGUGGUCUGGAUCGAUUGACCAAAGUGUUUGAUCACUGGCAGUACUGUGUCAAACAGAAGACAAAGAGCAAGCUUCUGGACAAGGACAGCGACAAUCUGUACCACAAGUUCACCAUACUGCAGUCCAGAGUGAAGCCUGCUGAUUGCCACCCUGAGGAAGGGGUCUAUGACGAAGUCAAUGAGGAGAUGUGGUGGUCAUACCUCAAUGAGAGAGGGCAGGUUGACGAUGACUAUGAACUACGAAAGGCAAUCUUCUUUGGAGGAAUUGAUGAGUACCUGAGGCGUGAGAUCUGGCCUUUUCUCCUGCACUACUUUGCCUUUGACUCCACCCUGGAGGAGCGCAAUGCCCUACGAGGGGAGAAGAGACAGGAGUAUGAGGCCAUCAAACAGAAGAGGUUGGCAAUGGGUGAGGAAGAACAGGAGGAGUUUUUUCGUAAUGUCAAGUGCACCGUGGAUAAGGAUGUGAUUCGUACAGACAGAAGUCACCCAUACUUCAAGGGGGACAACAACCCUAAUGUUGACAUCAUGAGGAAUAUCCUGCUGCAUUUUGCUGUGUACAAGCCCAGCCUGGGCUACACCCAGGGUAUGUCAGAUCUCUUAGCACCAGUAUUGGCCGAGUUACAAGAUGAAGCUGAUGCCUUCUGGUGUCUAGUGGGCCUCAUGGAUGAUAUCAUCUUUGUCAGCUCACCUAAGGACGAGGACAUGGAGAAACAACUGGGUUACCUACGAGCACUUAUCAAGCUGAUGUUACCGGAUUUCUGGAAUCAUCUUCUCUUCCUCAACGAUGCCAUGGACCUGCUGUUUUGUCACAGGUGGAUCCUUCUGUGCUUCAAGAGGGAAUUUUGUGAGCCAGAAGCAUUGAGGAUGUGGGAAGCUUGCUGGGCUCAUUACCAGACAGACUACUUCCAUCUCUUCAUAUGUCUGGCCAUUAUUGCUGUUUAUGGAGAAGAUAUUGUGUAUCAGAAAUUACCUUCCGAUGAUAUGCUGCUGCACUUCAGUAACCUGGCUAUGCAGAUGAAUGGAGAUCUAGUCCUUAAAAAGGCUCGUGGGCUGCUCCAUCAGUUUCGCCUGCUACCGCGCAUUCCCUGUACUCUGGACAAACUCUGUGAGACCUGCACCCCAGGCAUGUGGGACAGUGGACACACCCCUGAAGUGGAAUGUGUUGGACUGGGGGUUCAUGGCCAGGAUUAUGUUUGCCCUCACAUCAGCUUGGAGGGAGUUUUUCAUCAUGUGGGUAUAGAUUUUAAGAAUUGAUCCUAUUUUUUUCCAACACUAAUCACAACAGUUGCAGUGACGUUUUUCCAAUGUCUAAUUUGCGUCCGGUGAGUGCAAUAUAUUUCACAAGAAAUUGUGACGGUCAGCUGAACAUUUGGCCAGAUAGAAAACAAAAACAAAGACGUGCCAAAUUUACAUGUAUAUGUAGUUGCACAAAGUUGAGUUAUUUAUGUUGCACUUUCUGUUCUAGUUUUCUUAUGGUUGCCAAGUGUAUUUGUUGACGCUAACCCACCAUGUUCUCCAGUAUGGUAGUGUUUUGAACUUUAUUAAUGCGAAAAGAGGUUUGCAAAGACAAGAAUGAUCCUGUGAGAAGUAAGAAUAAGAACCAAAAUUCAAACAAAUGUACACAGUUAAGAGAUAGUUUCAAUUUCCAUGACUUUAAAAUAUAUAUUUUUUUUAAAUUACAUUUAAAUUACAUCAUUACUCAUGGAAUUUUUUUUGCCUGUUGUCAUAAAAAAAAAUAGGGAAAUGCUAUCUUUUUCCUGGGGAAAAAUCAUAGAGUUUUUUUAUAUUGUUCAUGAAUAAGUCAUGGAACAUUCAUUCUUGGUCCUGUGAUAGUCUUGACAUUUUCAUUUGUGGCAUUUGUUUGGGCACAGGAAAAAAAAGGAUUUUGGUCCUCGAGACUUCACUGAAUAGGAAACAAGAAUUGUCACUCAGUUGAAUGCACUACCAAUACUAUUUUGCCCUUGUCAAAAACAAGUAACAAGAUCUUAUAUUUUCAUUCCAUAAAUACACUGGAAACCUGAGUUUCUGUUGUUUAAAAUUUAUUUACCCAUUUCUUUUUAUUGUAACACCCAUUGAUGGUUCUUGUAUUUCAUUUGACAUAUGGCAGUGCACUACCUUGUUGAUAUUUUGGUUUUGGUUGUUCCUUGCAAAACAAAUUUUAGCCACAUUUUGGAAGUUGUGAAGCUGGAGGCACAUUUCCAUUCAUGUUUCUCCGCUGAAGGCAAGUGGUUAGUACGCAAUAUAUUGGCACCGCAAUUUGAUUUGCAAACUUUCAGAUAAAAAAUUUCACUGACCUGCAAUCAUUGUAUUCAUUUGUUUUGUCACUUAAUUGGAUUAAAGCUUCUUGAUUUUACAGUCAUGGGUUAUGCACAAAUGCACCAAGACAUAGUGAAACAUUUAAAACUUUCUGAGAACUUGAUUGCCUGUUAUCUCCUGCUUAAACAAAGAGAUCAAGUUCACAGUUCUUUAUUAUAAAGCAUGGACAAAAUCUUGGCACAAUACAAGUCAUGAAAAGAUUAUGAAAUAACUGCACAAAAACUGCAUGACAAUAUACACUUUCCCAUAUUGAACAUGUUGUAUUCUUACAAUUUUGCUCAAAAUUGUGGAUGGAAAAGCAAUGGUGAAGUAAUAGAUUUGUGUUAGAAAACACAAAUCAAGGAGUUUUUGUUGUUGCCAAAUUUUCAUGGGAUAAGAGUUUGUGGAGUCAUGACCAGAGGGUAGGCUAUUCUGGCCUCUCUCAAUAAAUGUGCAUCCCAUCACAGGCAAUAGAAAUGUUCUUAGUUUUUAUAUGCCAAAGAAACUAGAGAUAUAUUAAAAGACUCGGCAUACGGUCACUGACAAUGCUGAUAUGCAUCAAGAAGGUAACUUCUUGAUUUAAAUCACUAACACUCAAACUCUUUUAUUCUGUAUUAUGUAUUUAGGCCAUCUAACUUUUCAAAGAGACUUUCAACCUUGUCUUUCUUCACAAGCUACUCGUAGUACUGUUUUGGGUAAUUUCUCUUGCAUUACCUGGACUAGAUCCGUGAACAAUGCCUUGAUUAUGUAAAUAAUGAAGCAUGUAUAAUUCAUUCAUUUCUCUCAAUAUUGCCUUGACUGUAGCUGCCUUGCCUAGAAUCUGAUAGUAUAUAUAUGUCUAUAAAAAAAAUCAUUAGAAUUGCUCAAAAUAUCUAUCAAUAAUCAGCCAAAUUUAAAAAGAAAAGACAUAAUUGCUAGCAAGCCUUGUGAAUCAUUUAUGAAGAGGUUAAGGUCAUUUUUAAUUGAAAAAACGAACAUUUCAUUUUUUUAAAAGAAAAAAACAAGUUUUUUAGUUUACAAGACAAAUACACUUGCCUAGCACAUUUUGGUAGUGGCUACAUGGAGAGAAAAUACCCAGAGGAAUUCAACAGUUUGACAAUCUUUCACUGUACAUGAACUAUGUGAUGCCGCUGUUAUUUAUUUAUCCU